CCAUGAGAGUCCUAGGAGUUCUGUUAAUCUCGGUGUUUGCCUUGUCGGCGGCUCUGGAAAGCCCCGUUCCCGUAAAGGAUAUGCCCGUGGGCAGGAAGAUAAGCGGACGCAUCACCAAUGGAUAUCCUGCGUACGAGGGAAAGGUUCCCUACAUCGUGACCCUGCGCUUCGAUAAUGGCAGUGGAGGAGCCUGGAUCUGCGGCGGUUCCAUCAUUGGCCACGAGUGGGUCCUAACCGCCGCCCAUUGCACCAACGGAGCCAGCUCCGUGACCAUCGGCUACGGCGGAGUGUGGCGCAACCAGCCGCAGUUCACCCACGUUUCCUCGGACUUCGUGCAGCACGAGGCCUACAACACCGGCACUCUUCACAACGACAUCGCCCUGAUCCGCACUCCCCACGUGGACUUCUGGUCGCUGGUCGACAAGGUGGAGCUGCCCCGGCUCGAGGAUCGCUACAACAACUACUACGGCUGGUGGGGCCUGCUUUCGGGAUGGGGCAGCACCUCCGAUUCCAGCGGAGUGACCGAUUACCUCAACUGCGUGGACAUCCAGAUAGCCGACAAUUCCAUUUGCGAAGAGCACUACGGCACCACGUUCAUCACCCCCAACCACGUGUGCAUCGCCACACCGGAGAACAAGGGCUCCUGCAGCGGAGACUCCGGCGGACCGCUGGUCCUCCACGACGGCAAUCGCCAGGUGGCCAUCGUCUCGUUCGGAUCCGCUCUAGGUUGUCUGUCCAACAGCCCCAAGGGAAUGACGCGAGUGACCAGCUACUUGGACUGGAUCCGUGACCAUACGGGCAUUUCCUACUAAUGACUCGAGAAUGUAUGAAAUAAAAUAACAACUGAUGAAGAAUUUAUUCAAAUGACUCUGGUCUACUUUAAUU